UUGGCUGCUGAUAGCAGAAGGGAAACAAUGUAACAACAAGUGUCCCCGCCCCCCGGAUGCAGCAGCAGCAGUAGCGCAGGGAAAGAGAGUGACAGCAGCAGCAGCAGCCCGGGUACACCCGCCAGCUCUCCUCCUCCUGCAUCAGCCGCCGGGGACCAGGACUCCUGGAUAUCGCUCAGCACAGCAGCACCAGGCCCGCAGCAACCAUGCCCAAGAAGAAGCCUAUGCCCAUCCAGCUCAACCCCACCCCUGAUGGCACUGCUGUGAACGGGACCCCAACUGCAGAGACAAACCUUGAGGCCCUCCAGAAGAAAUUAGAGGAGUUGGAACUAGAUGAGCAGCAGAGGAAGCGGCUGGAAGCAUUCCUCACUCAGAAGCAGAAAGUUGGAGAGCUGAAGGACGAUGACUUUGAGAAGGUUUCAGAGCUUGGUGCUGGCAAUGGCGGAGUGGUCUUUAAGGUUUCCCACAAACCCUCCAGUUUAAUCAUGGCUAGAAAGUUGAUUCAUCUGGAAAUAAAGCCAGCAAUCCGGAACCAGAUUAUAAGAGAGUUGCAGGUCCUGCAUGAGUGUAACUCGCCGUAUAUUGUCGGCUUCUAUGGGGCCUUCUACAGUGACGGAGAGAUCAGUAUUUGCAUGGAGCAUAUGGAUGGCGGGUCGCUGGAUCAGGUGUUGAAGAAAGCCGGGAAAAUCCCUGAGAAAAUCUUAGGGAAAGUCAGCAUUGCCGUGAUAAAAGGUCUGACGUACCUGAGGGAGAAACAUAAAAUCAUGCAUCGAGAUGUGAAGCCAUCUAAUAUUCUUGUGAACUCCAGAGGUGAAAUUAAACUGUGUGACUUUGGAGUCAGCGGACAGCUUAUAGACUCUAUGGCCAAUUCCUUUGUGGGGACAAGAUCCUACAUGUCUCCGGAGCGGCUACAGGGCACACACUAUUCCGUACAGUCUGAUAUCUGGAGCAUGGGACUCUCGCUGGUAGAAAUGGCUAUUGGGCGGUACCCAAUUCCCCCUCCUGAUGCCAAGGAGCUGGAGCAGAUCUUUGGCUGUUCUGUAGAGGGAGACCCUGCAUCAUCUGAGCUGUCUCCUUAUCCCAGGCCACCGGGACGACCCAUCAGCUCCUAUGGUCCGGACAGCCGACCUCCAAUGGCCAUUUUUGAGUUGCUGGAUUAUAUUGUGAAUGAGCCUCCUCCCAAGUUGCCUAUCAGAGUGUUUGGAGCAGAGUUCCAGGACUUUGUGAAUAAAUGCUUGGUGAAAAAUCCAGCAGAUAGAGCGGAUCUCAAACAGCUUAUGGUUCACAGUUUCAUUAAGACCGCAGAGUUGGAAGAGGUGGAUUUUGCUGGAUGGCUCUGUUCUACUAUGGGCCUAAAACAACCCAGUACCCCAACUCAUGCAGCCGGUGUGUGAGGGAAACGCGAUGAGAAGUUGGUCCUGGCAGAGAGCCACCGCCGACAUAUCCGGAUCCUGUCACCCUGCAGAAUGUGCCAAAAAGAAAUGGUUUACUUUCAUUCUAGUAACCCCCUUCAUCCAAAGAAGGGUCUGCAGGGCAUGGGUCACAAAUAGAUGUAUCUCCCCCGUGUCUCCUGUGGGCUUCACCUGCAGUAAGAUCCCUGCUUUUAUCCCAUGAUGCUUUGUGGUACCUGUGAUGCUUUCUGGAGAAACCCCAGUCUGUGAUUUAGGUGAAUGAACUGUACAUUUUAAUUUAGCAACAAAAGAUUCAGUGGGUCAGUCCCAUUGUGGAACCAAUCUCCAGCCAAUCAGCCAGAUGCUGCAUUACAUACUGUAUUGUAGUCUAUUUCUUCAGGUUAUAUAACCAGAAAGAUAUGAUAUAGUUUAUUUUCUAACAAUAAUUAGCCAGCUAUUUUUCUCUAGAAAAUAUUUUUCUUCACAUUAAAAAAUCGGCUUAUACCGGUUGCAAUGAGACUGCCUAGCAUGCUAUGAAUACUUACCAGACCGGCAGCCUGUAACUGUGCCAUCUGCCGAUAUGAGCCAUGCAAGUUCCAUGCAGCUAGUUGGAACUGGCACCCAAAGCCAUAACCCAGGUCACCUUUUAAGAAUUUGCCUUUUGUGGGGGGGAUUGAUUCUGGAGAAGUGAUCUCCUCUCUGCCGGAGCACUGGUCUGUCUGUUGCACUUCAUCUCUACUGGUACAAACCACUCAAUGUCUUUGUAUGAAUUUAAGUAUAAAUUAUAAAAACAAAUGUGAAAAAUGUUAUAACUGCCAAAGUAAAUGAAUCUGUUGCUGUGGAGACUACAUUAUACAUGUAUACGAGCAAUGGACAGGGAAUAUAAAAAGCUUUUAAUGAGAAGACCUGCAUGUUGCUCCGGUAGAGAGGUUGCGUGUGUCCAGCUGUGGGUCUGCCUCCUGCCUGUGCCUCUUCACCUGUCCUAACUUUUCAUAUUUAUUUUAUAUUUGAAUGUGAUGUGAUCAAACAGCAUCCUCUUGCGGUGUCGGGCUUCUCCGCCUCAUUCAUUUCCUAUACGGAGUGUGUGUAAGCACCCUGCUCCUUACAGCAAACACUCCAAUGUGAUGGUGGGGAGGGUAAAUCUACCAUCAGAAGCCUUCAGUCCUUAUAAUCUGUACCUCUGGAAUCUUCAGAUGUAUUAUCUUUGCCUAUAAUAAAUAUAUUACCAAAAA